AUGUAUAAUUGCUCCAGUCCUUUAGCUGCUUGGAUAUUCAGAAAAUACGGAUCCCCUUGGAAGCCUUUGCCUUAUGUUGCUUCCCCUUUUUGGAAAUCUAUUUGCAAUACUGCUUUUAUUGCUAAGCAUUGCUUCAAAUUCAGAAUUGUGAAGUCUGCUCCUAUUUCCCUUAAAUGGGAUCACUGGAUUGAUGAUAGGAAUGACACUGAUCUGUUUGGCUUUGAGAAUAUUGCCUCUAUUCCUGACAUUGCUUUAUCUAAUAUUAUCUCUGAUUCUGUGUGGGUUUUACCUGACUCCUUCUCUCCUAGCCUUUGUGCGGUUAUCUCUGGUAUUACUGGGAUUGUGGGAGAUGGACCCUGUUUGCUCUGGUAUGGCAAGAUUAAGAGCAAAUUUAAAAAUUAUCUGAAGGAAUUUUAUUCGGAGAAUACGAACUGUAGCUGGUAUCGUAUGGUUUGGCAUAAAAGAAAUGCAUUGAAAUAUUCUGUGUUUGCUUGGAUGGCACUUGUGGAUGGUCUUAAAACAGCUGAUGCGCUUAGACACAGGCAAAUUUUUGUUCCCUCUCUUUGCCGUCUCUGCAAUUCUGCGGAUGAAACAGUUUCUCACCUUUUCUUUGAUU